AUGAAGAGUGAGGUGCAAUUAUUGGGUGCAUGGCCAAGUCCAUUUGUGUUGAGGGCUCGCAUAGCUCUAAAUAUAAAAUCAGUGGAGUAUGAGUUCCUUGAGGAAAAUUUGGAAUCAAAAAGCCAGCUUCUUCUUAAAUCCAACCCUAUACACAAGAAAAUCCCUGUUCUCAUUCACAGGGACAAACCCAUUUGCGAGUCUUUGAUCAUUGUACAAUAUGUGGAUGAUGCAUGGUCAUUUGCCCCUCUCAUUCUCCCCUCUCAUCCUUAUGACCGCGCCAUUGCUCGUUUUUGGGCUGCCUAUAUUGAUGAAAAGUGGUACCCGACCAUGAAAUCCAUUAGAGGAGCAAAGGGAGAGGAUGAGAAGAAGAGACUGAUAGAGGAGGUAAGAGAAGGAUUGGCAUUGCUCGAGGAUGCGUUCAAAGAAAGUAGCAAAGGCAAGGCCUUUUUUGGCGGUGACCAAAUUGGAUUCUUGGAUAUUGCACUUGGUAGCAUCUUGGGGUGGAUGAGGGUCACUGAGAUCUCAAAUGGGGUGAAAUUGCUGGAUCAGCCCAAAACACCUGGGCUCCUCAAAUGGGCCCAAGAAUUCUGUGCCCAUGGUGCUGUUAAAGGUGUUAUGCCAGAGACAACGAAGCUUCUUGAGUUUGCCAAGACGCUGAAACGCUAA